AUGAUGAUUUUUGUUUGUUUACUCAUUGGUUUUCUCAUGUAUUUUCUAAUAUGUCGGGCUGGUUUUGCACCAUGUGAUAAAGUUUUGGAAUAUUUAUUUAAACCAGUAGUUCAACGUGUUCAACAACAACAACAGCACCCUCAAAAAACAACCGAACCAUCAACAACAAUAGCGAUAGAAUUACCUCUUCGAAAUAAACAGCAGCAACCGUUACAUUCAUCAAUUUCGGAUGAUUUUCUUCGGUACAAUGCUGGCUAUCUGACCGAAUAA